AUACGAGUAACAAAAACGCCAGUGCUACUAACUCUAGGUUUUUCCUCGACGGAUUCAUUUGGUGCCUGCUGUGUCGUAUUUUCUUACCUGAGCAGACCAGACACUGUACGUCGUUAGAAAUCCUACAGACUAGCAUUAAUCUCAUUAUGGAUGUAGCGUUAGCCGGGACCCCAAUUUCUGACAGCACUGUUAUGGAAUAUUCUAUGGAUCCAUUCUCGGAUGCAUCCGAGCACCCGCCUUCUCCGGAGGCCUCCUCGUAUAUUUUCUAUUUAAUAGCCAAUCGAUUUACAGGGGUUCGCUAUAAUGUCAUAAAAUUAAGAUUAAGAGUAGGAGGAGUACGCAUAAUUAACCCCGGGAAGGUUAAAAGGAGAGAGAGCGGGGGAUGGUUAGUUUACGUGCUGGGCCCUUGUAAUUGAGAUAGGGAAGCGGCAAUUGGAUUUAUCAUCUAGUUCAGUCAAUACAAAUCCUUUGAGUAAGGAGUCUAACGCCAUGUCCAAAAUAAAAUAUUAUCGUAACACGCCACCCAACUCGGAUUACACUGGCUGGAAUGGCAAGGGUGUCGUCCUGGAUCUCGGCGGCAUCGACCGCAAGGCCAUCCACCUCGGCGACUGGAAUGGCGAUGGCUUCUGUGAUGUCAUCGUCACGGACAAGGCCACUGGCGCUUUGGAUGUUUACUACACCUACUGGGACAGGGCAUCUGACCAGUUUUCGUUCAGCGCGAAAACCAGAGUCGUGGGGUCCGGGUGCACUCAGGGUUGGGGUGUCGGGUUGUAUGAUCUCGGAAUCCAAUUCGCCGACAUUGACGGCGACAAGCGCGUCGACUACAUGUGUCUAGAGCCGAACGGCAGAGUGACCGGCUGGCUGAAUAAGGCCGGAGGGCUGCAGUGGGUGGACCAGAUCAAGUUCAGCGAGGACAAGGAUCGUGCUAACCACAAGUUUGCCGAUGUCAACGGUGACGGCCUCGACGACUUCAUGUGGAUUGACAAGUUCACUGGUGACACGCAGGUAUUUUACAACUUAGGCCAGAAACAGAUCUCGGGCAGCUCCUUUCAGUGGGAGAACAAGGGCCAAAAAUAUCAAGGCUCGUCCUCAGGCCCCAACCUUCACUUCCCCAACCUCGGCGGCCAGGGACGCGCCGACUUGACCGACGUCAACCCCAAGACGGCCCUCGGCUGGACUUGGUUCAACAGCUGCCCAACCGGAGGAGACGAUGGUGCGAUUGUGGACCCUGGCCUGCCUAUCGCCCCUGGAGAUUCUCCGCCUGGCGGAGAUGGAGGCGACGACGGAGGCGACGACGGGGGCGACACGGGCGGCGACAUGGGCGGCGAUGAUGGAGGCGAUACCGGCGGCGACACGGGAGGCGACACGAGAGGCGAUGACGGAGGUGACACUGGCGGCGAUGACGGGGGUGACGGCUAUACGACAGGCUUCCUCAUCUAUGCAGUCACCGACACAGACCUCCCCGCAACGGACUUUCCCCAACCCUCGAUCAACAAUGGCUUCAUAUUCCUUAACACCCCCCCCAACUGCAACGACGUCGGCAAUGCCAUCUUCCAAAAUGAUUCUGAGGAUUUAAGUGGGAACUCGGGCGGUGUGAGAUGUGACGGGUGCGGCAUCCCAGGCUUAGACGGGGACCCAACUUUGCUUGAGUGGAAAAACAAAAUGGGACAUUAUACUUGGUAUCUGAACCGCAACGGCGACUUUGUCGAUGUGAACGACGAGGUAAAGGGCAACUGUGUCGUUGAUCACUCUGACGACUUCAUGUGCACCUUUUUCCCUAAUCCUUCGGGGCAAACUGGAAUCAUGCAGCUACGAUGCAGAAGCAACAUGAAUGCUAAUAUCGUUAAUGGUUGGCACGACUAGGGGGCCAAUGGGCUAGGGGGUUGGCGAUGAGAGAUAUCUUUAUGCUUUUGAAUAGUAAUCAUUCGUGAUUCCUUUAGUUCCCAUUUUAAAUAAUUGUAGGAGUACUAGCUGAGUGGAACCUAGCGGAUACAC